AGGUGAACUAGCUACAACUAAACAUGGCGACGACGGUGUUAAGACUUCGGAGAUCGCUCCGAUUAUGUGGUGUGCAGGCUGUUAGAUCAACAUGUCAGCCUGCAGAAUGUAAGAGAAGCAUUUACACCACUGCACCGAAGCUGAAAAACCUCUACUGGAAUGACAAGUAUAAUGAAGGAGAAGAGGUUUUUGAGAAAAUACUCAUCGCAAACCGUGGAGAAAUAGCCUGUCGUGUGAUUCAUACAUGUAAGAGACUGGGAAUCAAAACUGUAGCAGUUCAUAGUGAGGCAGAUUCAUUGUCUCUUCACACCCGAUUGGCUGAUGAAGCCAUCUGUGUGGGCCCGCCUCCCACCAGCCAGAGUUAUCUCAACAUGGACGCCAUUCUCCGUGCUGUCAAAGAUACAGGAGCGCAAGCUGUGCAUCCAGGAUAUGGGUUCCUCUCAGAAAAUACAGUUUUUGCAGCAAAAUUGGCAGAAAUAGGAGUAGAAUUCAUUGGUCCUAGCAGUCACUCUAUUAAAGCCAUGGGAGACAAGAUAGAAAGUAAGAGAAUUGCCAGCAAAGCUAAGGUCAACAUGAUCCCAGGCCAUGAUGGAGUGGUGGAAGAUGGAGAACACUGUGUCAAGCUGGCCAAUGAAAUUGGUUUGUACAUGUUUAAG